AUGCCCUGCAGCGUUUUCUCGUGCCCACCCUCGCUCGUCCUUGCUGCCGACCGACGGAUCCCGCGUACCCACAAUCGCUUAUCUGGAUCAGAGCCUCCUCCGCUCUCAUCGCAAGGCCUCUCUCCAACAUAUCUACUUCCCGCGUAG